UCAAAUUUGUUAAACCAAAAUGGGGACGAAGCUAUUAUCACUGGCGUGCAUACGUGGCACCGGUGCCGGAGACGGGUAUUCGGGUGGAUUGUUAGGGCGGCCGCACUACCCGUCGAUGCCGAAGUAUCCGAAAGGAGUGGUGGUAGAAGUGGAGGAAGCGACGGAGGGUAGGGUUUUGUUGUCGGUGAGCGGAAUGAGUUGUUCGGCUUGUGCGGGAUCGGUGGAGAAGGCGGUGAAGCGGUUGCCGGGGAUCAAAGAGGCUGUUGUUGAUGUGUUGAAUAAUCGAGCUCAAGUUUUGUUUUAUCCUAACUUUGUUAAUGAGGAGACUAUUCGCGAAGCCAUUGAAGAUGUUGGGUUCGAAGCUACAAUAAUUACAGAGGAAACAAACGAAAAAUCUACUCAAAUAUGUCGAAUACUCAUUAAGGGAAUGACUUGCACAACUUGUUCUAGUACAGUCGAGUCGGCUUUAAGGUCCAUACACGGAGUCCACAGAGCUCAAGUUGCAUUAGCAACCGAAGAAGCCGAAGUCCUCUAUGACCCCAUAAUCGUGAGCCACAACCAAUUCAUUAAAACCAUAGAAGACACCGGGUUUGAACCCAUAUUGAUUAGCACAGGCGAAGACAUGAGCAAUAUAAGUUUACAAAUAGACGGACCAUGGAACGAUUUUUCAAUAAAUAUGAUCCAAGAAUCUCUCCAAGCGCUUCCCGGGGUUGUAAAAGUCGAUAUGGAUACAAAUCUCCGAAAGUGUUCCGUUUCUUACAAAGCAGAUCUAACCGGGCCCAGAAGUUUUAUCAAAGUAAUUGAAUCAACUGGUUCUGGAUCAUCCGGACCGUUUAAGGCUAAGAUAUUUCCUAAAGGCGGGGGACGAGAUUCGCAUAGACACGAAGAAAUCAAUCAAUAUAAAAGAUCGUUUAUGUGGAGUUUAGUUUUUACGGUACCCGUGUUCUUAACCUCGAUGGUGUUCAUGUACAUCCCGGGACCUAAACAUUUACUGGAUACGAAAAUUGUGAAUAUGAUGACUGUAGGCCAUCUUGUAAGGUGGAUACUAUCGACUCCAGUUCAGUUCUUUAUCGGUCGUAGAUUCUACACCGGGUCCUACAAAUCAUUGCGCCAUGGUUCCGCAAAUAUGGAUGUUUUAAUAGCACUGGGAACAAACGCAGCCUACUUUUAUUCGGUUUACUCCGUUUUAAGAGCUGCCGCUUCACCACAUUUCGAAGCUACUGAUUUCUUUGAAACAAGUGCGAUGCUCAUUUCGUUUAUUUUACUUGGAAAGUAUUUAGAAGUUAUGGCGAAAGGAAAGACAUCCGAGGCGAUCGCAAAGCUUAUGGAUUUAACUCCUGAUACCGCAACACUGUUGAGUUUCGAUAGUCAAGGGAAUGUCGUAAAUGAAGAAGAGAUUGAUAGUCGGUUGAUUCAACGGAACGAUGUGAUUAAGAUUCUUCCGGGUGCGAAGGUAGCUUCGGAUGGGUUUGUUACGUGGGGACAAAGUCAUGUAAACGAGAGUAUGAUCACGGGUGAGGCUCGACCCGUGGGAAAGAGGAAGGGUGACCCUGUGAUCGGGGGUACGGUUAAUGAGAACGGGGUUUUGCAUAUUAAGGCGACACGAGUUGGGUCGGAAAGUGCGCUUUCGCAAAUAGUUCAACUUGUUGAAUCGGCUCAGAUGGCUAAAGCUCCGGUUCAGAAACUCGCUGAUCGGAUUUCGAAAUUCUUCGUGCCUCUGGUCAUUUUCUUUUCGUUUUCUACAUGGCUUGCUUGGUUUCUUGCCGGAAAAUUUGACGGGUACCCGAAAUCUUGGAUACCUUCUUCUAUGGAUAGCUUUCAGCUCGCUCUCCAGUUUGGAAUAUCGGUUAUGGUUAUCGCCUGCCCGUGUGCUUUAGGCUUGGCUACUCCAACUGCCGUAAUGGUUGGUACCGGCAUCGGGGCUUCUCAAGGCGUUCUUAUAAAAGGAGGUCAAGCAUUAGAAAGUGCACAUAAGGUGGAUUGCAUUGUGUUUGAUAAAACGGGGACUCUUACAAUCGGCAAGCCGCAAGUUGUUAACACAAGAUUGCUAAAGAACAUGGUACUUAAAGAGUUCUAUGAAUUGAUUGCUGCAGCUGAGGUGAACAGUGAACACCCGUUAGCCAAGGCUAUUGUAGAAUACGCGAAGAAAUUUAGAGGAGACGAAGAGAACCCGGUAUGGGCAGAAGCGCAAAACUUCGAAUCGAUAACGGGUCAUGGUGUACGGGCCAUUGUUCAGAACAAAGAAAUAAUAGUGGGAAACAAGAGUUUGAUAUUGAAGAAAAAUAUUAAUAUCUCCAUUGAUGCUGAAGAAAUCUUGACGGAAAUUGAAGAAUUGGCGCAGACCGGAAUUCUUGUAUGUAUAGACGGUCAACUCACUGGAGUUCUUGCCAUUUCUGACCCGUUAAAGCCCGGUGCUCGUGAAGUCAUCUCCAUACUUGGGUCAAUGAAAGUCAAAAGUAUAGUGGUUACUGGAGACAACUGGGGAACUGCGAAUUCCAUUGCUAAGGAGGUCGGGAUAGAUGAUGUCAUCGCUGAAGCGAAACCGGAGGACAAAGCAGAGAAAGUGAAGGAGUUACAGGCUUUGGGACACGUGGUGGCGAUGGUAGGAGACGGGAUCAAUGACUCGCCAGCACUGGUGGCUGCGGAUGUCGGGAUGGCUAUAGGUGCUGGCACAGACAUAGCGAUAGAAGCGGCCGACAUUGUGUUAAUGAAAAGCAAUCUAGAAGAUGUGAUCACAGCCAUUGAUCUCUCCAGAAAAACAUUCACUCGGAUCCGGUUAAACUACAUCUGGGCUUUGGGGUACAACCUUCUCGGGAUUCCAAUUGCCGCUGGUGUUCUUUUUCCGUUCACUGGAUUCCGCCUGCCACCUUGGAUUGCUGGAGCCGCCAUGGCGGCCUCGUCGGUGAGUGUGGUGUGUUGCUCUUUGUUGUUGAAGUAUUACAAAAGGCCCAGGAUGCUGGAGACAUUGGAGAUGCAAGGAAUAACAACUGUUUGAAUGAUUGUAUAUACAAGUUAUUUUAGAGUACCAAAUGUGGUUUUAUUUUUGGGUGGGACCAACAUGUGCAUAUGUAGUAACUAAUAAAGGUAGUUUUAUAAUUGUAAUGUAUUAGUCAGUGUACAAACCUCCAUGUUUAAAAGCAGCCCUUAAAUUUCAUGCUA